UCAUUUAUAUCGCCGACGUGACUGGCGAUGCCAGUCUGACUAAAAUAACAAUGUGUUUUUAAAUUAAGUGUUUCUAUAAUAUCUCAGUGAAUCCGUCAAAAUGAAGUAUCUCACAACAAUUUUAUGUUUUCUGACUCUGUGGUGCAGUGCUAACGCAAGAUGCGUCGUGCGUGGCGAGUGCUACGAGGUGAACGGCAUGGCCAAACCAUGUCAUGUAGAUAUGGAAGCACAACCAUUAAUCGACGGAUUAACUGAAGAAAAAGCAAGAGAAGUAGUAGAGAUUUUCAGUUCCAUCUGCCCGACAUUUGUUGUCGAUGAUGAAGGCAAUAGAUUACCAGAUGAUCAGAUUCUAACUUGCUGCACAGCCGAUCAAGUAAUCAAGACAGCAGAAAGUUUAACUCUCGCCGAGGGUGUUCUCGGCCGAUGUCCAACAUGCUACAGGAACUUUGCAAGGCAAAUUUGCGAAAUGAACUGCGCGGCAGACCAGUCACGAUUCCUGAACGCGACUAACACGACGGCUCCAGACGGCACGGUACAUGUCGAUGUAAUAAACUUCAGAGUUUAUGAAAAGUUUAUGUUGGAUGCCCACGCGUCCUGCUCCGGUGUCCUCGUGCCUCAGACGGGAAUGCCAGCUAUAAACAUGAUGUGUGGUAAUGCAGUAGUUUGCGAUGCAGAAGCUUGGUUCGGGUUCACUGGCGACACUUCAGUCAAUCCUCUAGCACCAGUGCAAGUCAAUUUUCAUAUGUGGCCUAAUACAGAGGAAUCCAUGAAUGUGGAAGCACUGCCUUGUAAUGAAACUUUCGGCGAUGACCUCCCGUGCAGUUGUGUAGACUGUGUAAGCACUUGUCCAGUUGGUACUGAACCAGUUGUUCCUGAUAUUUGUACUGUUUUGGCUGUUAAUUGUUAUGGAUUUUCAGUAGGUGUAGUUUUCUUUGUAAUCAGUGUUUUCAUAUUUAUGGUAUUAGCAUAUAAAGAACGUACAAAACAGAAUAAAUCAGCAGACUCCAAAGAAAGUGGGACGGGCCCAAAUAAAACCACCAGAAUAUUCCAAUCGAUGUUUGCAAAAAUCGGAGGAUUUUCGGCGAGCAAUCCAGUUCUUGUUAUAAUGUUAACAUCCUGGGUUACUUUUGGUAUGAUUUUUGGUUUAGCAUAUUUAAAUUUGACGUCUAAUCCUAUAGAACUUUGGUCAGCACCAGAAUCUCGAAGUCGCCAACAUUUGAAUUAUUUCAACGAGAGAUUUGGUCCAUUUUAUCGCCCAGCGCAGGCUUUCUUGAGAAUUGAUCUAGACGGUUUUGAAGCAAAUAAUGUAUCUUAUGGAUCCGCCUUCAGAAUAGAAGCAUUAGAAGAAUUAGUUAAACUUGAAGAUGUUAUUAUAAAUAUAGGUAGGGAGGAUGGCGGUGUUAAGUUGGAGGACGUUUGUUAUGCUCCGCUUCGUCAGCGAGGUGAAGAAAAGAGGCUUGAUCAGUGUGUUUCUAUGUCUGCUAGUUCUUAUUUGUCAGGAGAUAGAAAUGACAUAAAUCCUAAUACAUAUCUUACUAACAUCCAAAAUUGUAUUAACAAUCAUUACAGUUUUGAUUGUUUGGCAUCGUGGGGUGGUGGCGCUGAACCCGAUCUUGCUUUUGGAGGUUUCGAACCUGGUAAUAUUUUGAGCGCUAAUACCCUUUUGAUUAAUUUUCCAAUUGCUAAUUUCCUUUUGGAAGAAGACUUACAACCUGUAUUAGAAUGGGAAUUAAAAUUUAUCGAAAUUUUACAUGAUUACCGCGAUAACUGGAAACAAGAUUUUGUCCAUGUUGCUUUUUCUACAGAGAGAUCUAUUGAAGAUGAGAUCCAAAGAGUUUCUGUUGCAGAGGCAGUCCCUAUUGUUAUCAGUUACAUUCUUAUGUUUAUUUACGUAACAUUAUCGCUGGGAAACAUUCGAUCUUUGAAAACUUGGUUUAUUGACAGUAAAAUUAUGGUUGCUAUAGGCAGUAUUGUGGUUGUUAUCUUGGCCAUUGUGUGUGCAAUGGGUGCUUUAGGAUUUGCCAGUGUUACCUUAACACUUCUUGCUAUUAAUGUUAUACCAUUUUUUGUUCUUUCCAUUGGUAUAGACAAUGUGUUCCUUAUGGUAAACACACUUCACGAUGUUCAAGGCAAUUUGAAAUCAUAUGAUGAUUACAAAGAGGAUUUCACUUUUGAGAAAAAGAGAAAAUUUGUCUUUGAAAAAAUGUUGCGUCAAGUGGGUCCCUCUAUGUUUGUAUCCUCAGUUACACAAAUAACAUGUUUUGCGAUCGGUAGUAUUGCUAAUUUCCCUGCUGUUGUUACCUUUGCGAUAUUUGCUUCCGUUUCCUUAUCAUUUCUUUUUGUAUUCCAAAUAACUACAGUUGUCGCUUUAUUGUCCAUUGAUUACAAACGGGCGUCAUCAAAUAGGCUGGACUUGUUCUGUUGUAUUCAGAAAAAAGUAUUAGAUGACGAAAAUCCUUUACACUCAGAAACUCCUUACAAAGGAGUUACUCAAAGGUUGAUGGAGCCCUAUUCUAAAUAUUUAUUAGGCUUUCGCGUAAAAGUUGUAGUAGUCAUUAUUUUCUUGGCGAUGGUGUCAAUAAGCGUAAUGUUGAUUCCUGAGCUUGAGAUAGGAUUAGACCAAGAAUUAGCACUUCCAAAGGAUUCGUAUGUGUACGAGUAUUUGCUAGCUGUAGCUAAUUUAAUUCGUAUGGGCCCGCCAGUGUAUUUCGUUGUCAAAGGUGGUUUAGACUUCACUAACCCUAUUCAUCAGAAUACUAUCUGCGGUGGUCAAUUGUGUAACAGUGAUUCGCUGACGACCCAAAUAUUUUUGGCUGCCCAGCAUAGUAAUAUUACUUACAUAGCUAAAAGUUCCAACUCUUGGUUAGAUGAUUUCAUAGAUUGGUCAAGUUUAUAUGGAGGUUGUUGCAAAUACAAUUCUACUGACGGUGGAUUUUGUGAGAGUAGUUCUAGUGCACAGGAGUGUGCGUUUUGCGAGAUUCCGAGGUCAGACUACGCAAAUGGCUUUUUGAGACCUCAUGUUGAUGCCUUCGAGACGUAUAUACCGUUCUUCUUGCGGGAUCCACCGACUGAAGUAUGCAACAAAGCUGGGUUAGCGAGUUAUUCGAGUGCUGUAAAUUAUGUACUCGAUGCUGAAGGUCGUGCAACUGUCUAUGACACUAAUUUCAUGGCAUACCAUUCCCCUUUAAGUACAUCGAAUGACUAUAUAACAGCUGUUGAUUACGGUUAUAGGAUCGCUUCAAAUAUAUCUGCUGCAAUUAAAGCCAAUACUGGUGUCGAUGUAGAAGUUUUUCCAUAUUCUUUGUUUUAUGUAUUUUUCGAGCAAUAUUUGACAAUGUGGUCGGAUACCUUCUCGUCUAUUGGAUACUGCCUUAUCGGAGCUUUAUUCUUCAAUCUAAUAGCUUCUGGGUUUAACAUAUUGACUACGUUCGCUGUACUGCUUAAUACCAUCAUGGUGGUUUUGAAUAUGAUGGGUGUGAUGUACAUCUGGAACAUACCCCUUAACGCUGUCUCUAACGUUAAUCUGAUUGUGUCUAUUGGUAUAUCUGUGGAGUUCUGCAGUCAUAUUGCAUAUGCUUAUUCGACGAGUCAGCGUCACGGUAGGGAAAAGGUAGAAGAAGCCAUUCAAAAAGUAGGUGCGACCAUCAUUACUGGUAUAACCUUUACUAAUAUUCCUAUCGUAGUACUAGCAUUUUCAUAUACGGAAAUAAUCGAAGUGUUCUUCUUUAGAAUGUUCCUCAGUUUAGUAGUUCUAGGAUUUUUACACGGAAUGAUAUUCUUCCCAGUCCUAUUGUGCUAUCUGGACAGUUUAAAACGAAAAUAAUGGAGACUUUUAAAAAUUACUAGAUCUUGAAAUGUCAAUGUAACAUAGUGUAGAAAUUAAAAGACACUUAAUUUAUGAAUACAUUUAUUGAUAUGACAUAGGAAUUAUCAACUCUUUAUGUAAUAAUAUUAGAAUUAUAAGUUGUAAAUAAAUACUCUUAACAUUAA